AAAGUGUAUUUGUAUGAGAUUCACUUAUUACUUGGCUAAAACCUAUAAAAACUUAUUGAUGACACUUGUCAACGAUCACAUCAAUUGUAACAAUUCAAACAGAGGCAUUUAAUUCUACGCCGCAUAAAAAUGAAAUAUAUUACAGUACUUGUCUUUGCCUUAUUUUUAAUCUGCUCGGUUCAGGCACAAUGUCCUAGUAUUUGUCCAGCUGUUUAUCAGCCUGUUUGUGGUUUUAAUGGUCGCUGUUAUAAACAGUUUAGCAACUCCUGUCAAAUGGGGGUGGAAAAUUGCAAUAAGAAACAGAAUUUCAGAGAAGUUGCUUUGGGAAAUUGUUCUAAAAAUGGAAACAUAAAAUGUUAAUUAAAAUUGUAAAAUAUAAAUAAUAUUCAUUAAAAUAUGUAAAGAAAAAAUUAAAAAUCAAAUAAAAAAUAAACCAAUUUAACUAUUAAAAAAAAAUUUCAAAUAAAAAAACAGCUGUGGUAUAACUCUUUGAAAUGUCACAAAAUUUAAAUAUUUCUAAACCACU